AGAAGAAAUCUUCAGUGGGAGUUGUCGGACCGAUUUGUUGUGCAUUUUGUCCGUCGAUUCGCACCGAUUACCAACCUGCUAGCCGCAGUCAUGCCCGGGAUAGAGAAGCUGCCGAUAGAGGAGACGCUGGAGGAUAGUCCCCAGACACGCUCUCUGCUGGGAGUGUUUGAGGAGGACACUGCAGCCAUCUCCAACUACUGCACACAGCUCUAUCAGGCCAUGCAGAGGAUUUAUGAUGCACAGAAUGAGCUGAGUGCUGCAACACACCUGACCUCCAGACUGCUGAAAGAGUACGACAAACAGCGAUUUCCUCUAGGGGGCGAUGAUGAGGUGAUGAGCUCCACCCUGCAGCAGUUUGCAAAAGUCAUUGAUGAGUUGAGUUCCUGUCAUGCUGUCUUGUCCACCCAGCUUGCAGAUGCCAUGAUGUUUCCCAUCACUCAGUUUAAAGAGAGAGACCUGAAGGAGAUCCUCACUCUGAAAGAAGUCUUCCAAAUAUCCAGUGAUGAUCACGACACUGCCAUUAACAGAUACAGCCGCCUCUCCAAGAGGAGAGACAACGACAAGUUGCGGGCGGAGGCUGUGGAGGACGUCUACACCUCUCGCAAGAAACAGCACCAGACUAUGAUGCACUACUUCUGCUCGCUGAACACACUACAGUACAAGAAGAAGACGGCUCUGCUGGAGCCACUGCUGGGCUACAUGCAGGCCCAGAUCAGUUUCUUUAAGCUGGGCUCAGAAAAUCUCACCCAGCAGUGGGAGGACUUCCUGGGAACCAUAGGAACCAGUGUCCAGAAUGUGCGUCGGGAGAUGGAGGAGGAGAUUGGGCAGAUGCAGCAGACCAUCCAGGACAUGGAGAGAUCAUGUGACCAGCUGUAUGCACCAUGUGACCCUGACCCCGCCCACUCACCUGUCUGUCGCAACCUGACAAGGAAACAGGGCUACCUGUACAUCCGCAAUAAGACGGGGCUGGUGUCGUCGUCCUGGGAGCGUCAGUACUUCUUCACGCAGGGCGGUAAUCUGAUGCAGCAGGGCCGGGGCGAGGUGGCGGGCGGGCUGGUCACAGACCUGGACAACUGUUCCGUCAUGGCGGUCGACUGCGACGACCGCCGCUUCUGCUUCCAGGUCACUUCCUUCGAUGGCAAGAAAGUGGUGACGCUGCAGUCGGAGAGCAGGAAGGAGUGCGAGGAGUGGAUCUCCACCAUCAACAACAUCUCCAAAAGGAUCUACCUGAGUGAGAAUGCAGAGGAGCUGGCAGCCAGAGUGAACCAAUCAGCUCUUGAAGCUGUGACACCGUCUCCAUCCUUCCAGCAGAGACAUGAGAGCAUGAGACCUAGCAGUAAAGGGCGUGUGGGCCGAGCGAGCAGUAUUAGCUCUGUGGGCUCAGAGCCAUCACCUGCCCUUUCUGUGCUCUCAUUGGAUGCUCUGGUUGCCCCAGAAACACCCAUCCAGUUUGACAUCAUUUCCCCUGUCACAGAGGAGAACUCAGGACAGAGUAAGACGGCAGCACAGUCCGGCAGAAGGAGUAAUCCAUUCGGCGAGUCAGGAGACAGCGCAACAGAAGACAGUGAAGACUCGAUCCUCCACCAGCUCUUCAUCGUUCGCUUCCUGGGCUCCAUGGAGGUGAAGACUGCCGAGUCAACAGACGUCAUAUCUGAGACCAUGAGGCAGAUCCUGGCAGCCAGAGCCAUCCACAACAUCUUCAGGAUGACCGAAUCACACCUGCUGGUCACCUGCGACUGCCUCAAGCUCAUUGAUCCUCAGACACAAGUCACUCGACUCAGGUUUCCUCUCUCCACCGUGGUUCAGUGUUCGUCUCACCAGGACAACAAGAGGCUGUUUGGUUUCGUCCUGCAGUCGGCGGCGGGCGGGCGGGGCGACGGCCGAGCCAUCUGCUACAUCUUUGAGUCCAACAACGAUGGAGAGAAGAUCUGUGACAGUGUCGGUCUGGCCAAGCAGAUAGCCUUCCACUCUGAGAUGGACCGUAAGGCCGUGGAGAAGAGGAAGGAGCAGGAUAAGGCCAAAGAGAAACAGCAGGAAGAACUCAGCAAACAGAGACAGAUAGAGAAGGAUCUGGAGGAGCAGAGCCGUUUGAUAGCCGCCUCAAGUCGUCCCGCUAACCCGCCUGGCCCUGACGGACAAUUCCUAGUGCUUAGUAACAGCCAAUCAGAGGACAGUGAUGCCGGGGAGGACGGGAAGAAGAGGGGCGAGUCUGAAGCCUAACAAAGCUGAAGGAGGAUGCAUGUUUUACCACCCAGGCAAGUCCCAGCUGGUACUGUCAAAGCAACAGCUCAGGAAUCGGAGUAGGAGAACACCACCCGCCCGCCCGGGCUGCCUAGGAAUGAAAAACAUGUGCCCCCUCUCUGCUGGACUCUGUUUGAAGUUUGCGGUGGAGCCUGUCACUCUGAAAACGGAGGAUAAACUAAACGCACCCUCACUAUAAGAGGAGGAGGGGAACGGAGGUGGAAACGUCCCGUCAUAGACUUGUGUUUUAUUCUUUGUGUAAAAACGCUGCUUUUUAUACCGGCUCCACAAAUAUAGAUAAACCUGUAAGUUUCUGUUUUUUUUAUGUUCAUUUGAUAAAAAGAGAUAAUGACAGUGGCCCCUCAGAGAUCCAGGAAGGCUACAGGACGCCUCAGUGUUGCUGUAAAAAGUGUGAGAUACAAUGUUGUGAACACAAAGAGAAGAAAGAGAGAGAGAGCAUGGAGUCUUAUUUUGAAGAGUCCUUCCUGUUGUGAUGUGUUCAUCAGGUGACCAGUUUUCAAAGCGUCCUGCAGCGUGAUGGAUGUUUUUUUUAUUUUAAUUCGUUCCUGACGGUUGCUGGUUUUCAUUAAUUUCACUGCAGAAAAGCAACUUACAAAGUCUUAAAACUUGCUGAAACCUCGUAACAGUAGAGCUUUAACGAUUAGUCGAUCAGAGGUCCCCCUACAGAGGCAGCGGGUCCUUUUCCACAGACACCGCCAUGUUUGUACAGUAGGGUGAGGGUGAGGCGAGCAGUAUUCUGCUAGUUGCAGUCUGCAGCCUCACCACUAGUUGGCACUAAAUCCCCCACACUGGACCUUUAAUUAAGUAUAUAUGACUACAGUUUCUCAGAUGUGAGGAUGUGAGUUUUGACUGUUUUUGGACGUUGUGUAGAAUCGAGUAAUUGAAUAAAUGAUCAGCAGAUUUGUCAAGUCUAAAAGUACUUUUAGCUACAUCACAGUGAACACAGUGAUUGCUUUUACUGUGGUGAUGAAGAGCGGUGUCGUUGUUAUGCCGUAAAGCAGACUUGACUGCAAGGCUGUCUUGCAAUGCUACAUCAAAGCAGCAUCUGUGCUGAUCAGAUUAAACUGAAGCGAGUCUCUGAGAGCUGAUGGAGGUUGAAGCGAAACACUUGAAGCUCUGCAGCAGCAGCAUCCAGUCUGCAUGGAUUUGGUGACUUGCAGGUCAGAAGAUUGUCUAGACGUCUUGGGUUGAAAUUGGGCUGAUUUGUUUGAAGAGAUCAAUUUUUUUAUAAGCAGGGGAAACGUCAUGGUCUAACAAUAUCAGCACUGACAGAUAUUUGAACACGUGGCGAUGAUGCAGUCACUAAAAUGCUGUCGGUGAAGUUUUCAGGCCAGUUUUUAUCAGACAUCAGACUUACUGACCUGGAAUCACUGAAUCAGUGUUCGAGUGUGUUAUGUCUUGGAAACAGACUCUGUUGGCAGUAAUUAUUCUGCAAUUCCAUGCAAAAACACUGAGAUUGAAGACAAAAUAAUCCAUCGUUUUAAAAUACUGACCACUGAAAUUUCAGCGCCACAUUUUCCUUUUAUCAGAGCAGUCAGUAAUAAACAGAACUACUAUGAAAAAUAUGUAAGAAAAGAUGUAACCUUCAGCGACUUCCAGUGCCAAUAUUAACUUUAUGUUUCAGAAUUCGCCUUUUUUUGUAUUUGUUGAGGUAAUUUUAGAAAAACAUAUCAUUCGCCACGCUCCAUCCAGCACCCGAGCUCUCUAUGCCGUUUGUAUGCGGUGUGUUAGCAUGUCGUCAGGACAGGAGCCAACAUGGCUGCCAAGGGAGAUCCUGAAAAAACCUUAAGAAGAAUAUGUUUGAAGAUUUAUGUUCUGAAUAGUUGCAUGAAAGUAGUGCUCAUUGACGAGAAUCAUAUCCUGUUCACCUCCGACCAGCCGCUCGGAGCUCAGGCCUCAAACCGGCCUCCUUUCUGGGUCUGUUCAGAGGACGUGGAGGUCUGAUCGAAUGAUCGAAGGGAAAACUUUGAUCUGGUCCAUGUUACUCAUUCAGAAAACUGAAGAAAUUUAACAUCAUUAACAUCUUGACGUGUUUGCGGAUCGUGUUGCAUAAAAGCAGACGGACAGUUUGAUGUCUUCUCUGCCAAAUAAUGAGCUGAGUCAGUUUCUCCUGACGUCAGAAUAUUUAUCUGUGCUUUAACAAAUGUUAAUGUGGGUCAUUGUUUGGGGCCUUUUAUGUUUUUCACAGGUUUUAGUCAUUAAUCUGAUUUAAUCCAGAGUGAUUCACAGUGAUUCAAAACAUCUGAAUAAGUUUAGGUUCUGACAUCGUACUCGUUACAUGUUAAAGGUCAGAGGUCGCGGCCUUCUGACGCAGACAAACCUCUUCCGUCAGCUGCGGUGAAGAUGGCGGUUACUGAUGAUGAUGAUGAUGGGUUUAUUUGGGAGGGUGUUUUCUUGCUGUAACCAGGUGAAGGACUCGUGUUGAUGGAGCUGCACUUUACAAACGCAGGGAAGCGCGACAGGUGAUGAUGUAGAACUGUAAAUAUAUUUCCGUGAUUAUUGUUUCAGUGUCAUGAAAAAUAAAAGGCUUUUCAGUGAUAAAUAAAGCACUAACUCCA